CCAUCUCCCAUCCCAACUGCGAGUGGUUGAGUCCCUUGGCGGGGUGCGGCGGCGGUAGGUGUGGCGUAUGGGAUUCCCGAGCUGACGUGGCUUAAAUUUGGGAGGCGGGGCAGCUAAAGCCUCCGGUGGCAGCCUCUUUCAGAAAUGCUGAGCCGAUUGUCAGGAUUAGCAAAUGUUGUUUUACAUGAAUUAUCAGGAGAUGACACUGAUCAGAAUAUAAGGGCUUCCUUAGAUCCUGAAUUACCCCAACCAUCUGACAUGGAAUUUAAUGAUAGAACACAAGAGGAUGUUCUGGAGCGCCUGGCUUAUGCAGAGCAGUUGGUGGUGGAGCUAAAAGAAGUCAUUAGACAGAAGGAUAUUCAGCUGCAGCAACAGGAUGAAGUUCUACAGGAAGAAAGAAAAGCUGCUGAGAACAAAAUAAAAAAGCUAAAACUUCAUGCUAAGGCCAAAUUAACUUCUUUGAAUAAACAUAUAGAAGAAAUGAAGGCACAAGGAGGGACUGCUCUGCCUACAGAACCUCAGUCAGAGGAGCAACUCUCUAAGCAUGACAAGAGUUCUACGGAGGAAGAGAUGGAAGUAGAAAAGAUAAAACAUAAGCUCCAGGAGAAGGAAGAACUAAUUAGCAGUUUGCAAGCCCAGCUUACCCAGGCACAGGCAGACCAAACUGCACAGUUUGAUAAGAAUUCGAAAGAGAUGGAAGAAUUUUUAAUGAUGAAGCAACAGCUCCAAGAGAAGGAGGAACUCAUUAGCACUUUGCAAGCCCAGCUCAGCCAGACGCAGGCAGAGCAAGCUGCUCAGUUGAGUUCCAUGCAGCAGGUGGUCCGAGAGAAAGAUGCCCGCUUUGAAACACAGGUUCGUCUUCAUGAAGAUGAGCUUCUUCAGUUAGUAACCCAGGCAGAUGUGGAAACAGAGAUGCAACAGAAAUUGAGGGUGCUGCAGAGGAAGCUUGAAGAGCAUGAAGAAGCCUUGUUGGGUCGUGCUCAGGUCGUGGACUUGCUGCAACAGGAGCUGACUGCUGCUGAACAGAGAAACCAGAUGCUCUCUCAGCAGUUACGGCAGAUGGAAGCUGAGCACAAUACUUUAAGGAACACUAUUGAAACAGAAAGACAGGAGUCCAAGAUGCUGAUGGAGAAGAUGGAACUUGAAGUGGCAGAGAGAAAAUUAUCCUUCCAUAACCUGCAGGAAGAAAUGCAUCAUCUUCUGGAACAGCUUGAGCAAGGAGGCCAAGCCCAGGCUGAACUACAGUCCCGGUACAGUGCUUUGGAGCAGAAGCACAAAGCGGAAAUGGAAGAGAAGACCUCUUACAUUUUGAGUCUUCAAAAGACUGAACAAGAGCUGCACUCUGCCUGUGAUGCCCUAAAGGAUGAAAAUUCAAAGCUUCUCCAAGAUAAGAGUGAACAGGCAAUUCAUUCAGCCCAGGCCAUUCAACAGCUGGAAGAUCAACUCCAGCAGAAAUCCAAAGAAAUUAGCCAAUUUCUAAAUAAACCAACCUUGCAAAGACAUGAAACAGCAUCUCAAACUUCUUUUCCAGAUGUUUAUAAUGAGGGCACACAGGCAGUCACUGAGGAGAAUAUUGCCUUUUUGCAGAAGAGAGUGGUAGAACUAGAGAACGAAAAGGGAGCCUUGCUCCUUAGUUCUGUGGAGCUGGAGCAGCUGAAAGCUGAGAAUGAAAAACUGUCUUCUCAGAUUACUCUCCUGGAGGCUCAGAAUAUAACUGGAGGGGCAGAUAGAGAAGUCGGUGAGAUCAGCAGAGUUGAUAUUACCAGGCUCAACAAGAGUAGCUCUUCUGCCGAGGAAAGUGGACAAGAUGUGCUAGAGAACACAUUUUCCCAGAAACAUAAAGAACUAUCAGUUUUAUUGCUGGAAAUGAAAGAAGCUCAAGAGGAGAUUGCAUUUCUUAAGUUGCAGCUCCAGGGUAAAAGGGCAGAGGGGGACGCUGAGGUCCUUGACCAGAAAGAAAUGAAGCAGAUAGAGAAUGAAGGAGUAUCUCCAGUUAGAAUGACAGUAUUGCCUGAAGAUACAGGGCAGCAUUUUCCCCCAGUGCCAAAUGAAGAGGGCAGUCUUCCAACAAUUGAAAAAGAAGAGCAGAUGAGCACUGAACAUCCACAAAGAACAUCUGAGGAAAUAUCUCUGAAUGACACUGGAAUGGAAUUGAAAUCAGCAAAGCAGGGUGAUGUUGAUAACCUGGCUUCUGCUGUACCAGAUAUUUGUGAGAGUCACCAGGAUGAAUUGGAAAGACUAAAAAGUCAAAUUUUGGAGCUUGAGAUAAGCUUUCAUAAAGCAGAAGAAACCUAUGAGAAAAAUUUAGAUGACAAAGCUAAGGAAAUAAGCAACCUAACCCAGUUGAUUGAAGAGUUAGAGAAAAAUGCAGAAAACACCAACAGUGCAUUCAGUGCUUUGUCUGAAGAAAGAGACCAGCUUCUUUCUCAGGUGAAGGAAUUUAGUGUAGUAACAGAACUGAGGGCUCAGGUACAACAACUGGAAGUGAACCUUGCAGAAGCAGAAAGGCAAAGAAGACUUGACUAUGAAAGUCAAACUGCUCAUCACAACUUGCUUACUGAACAGAUCCACAGUCUCAGCAUAGAAGCCAAAUCUAAAGAUGUGAAAAUUGAAGUUCUACAGAAUGAACUGGAUGAUGUGCAGCUUCAGUUUUCUGAGCAGAAUACACUGAUAAAAAGUCUGCAAAGCCAGCUGCAGAAGAAGGAAAGUGAAGUGCUUGAGGGAGCAGAACAUGUGAGGGAUAUCUCAAAUAAGAUGGAAGAACUUUCACAGGCUCUUUCACAGAAGGAACUUGAAAUAGCAAAAAUGGAUCAACUCUUACUAGAGAAAAAGAGAGAUGUGGAAACCCUCCAACAAACCAUUGAGGAGAAGGAUCAGCAAGUGACAGAAAUCAGCUUUAGUAUGUCUGAGAAAAUGGUUCAGCUCAAUGAAGAGAAGUUUUCACUUGGAGUUGAAAUUAAGACUCUCAAAGAACAGCUGAAUUUAUUAUCCAGAGCUGAGGAAGCAAAAAAAGAGCAAGUGGAAGAAGAUCAAGAAGUUGUUUCUGGCCUUAAGCAGAAUUAUGAUGAGUUGAGCCCAGCCGGGCUAAUAAGUAAAGAAGAACUUCAGCAUGAAUUAGACCUUGUAAAGAAAGAAAGUGAGCAGAGAAAGAGAAAGCUCCAGGCAGCUCUUAUUAACAGGAAGGAACUUCUACAGAGAGUCAGUAGAUUGGAAGAGGAAUUGGCCAAAGUGAAAGAUGAAUCUAGAAAAGAGAUCCCACUCAAUGAGAGUGAGAGGGGGGAGAUGGAGGAAGAUAAGGAAAGCAAAGAGGACUCAGAAAAAUGUAUGACUUCUAAGGGCCAAGAAAUAGAAAUUUCUUUAAAACAGACAAUAUCUGAGAAAGAAAUGGAACUAGAGCACAUAAGGAAGGAUUUGGAAGAAAAGGCAGCAGCCGAAGAACGGUUACAGGCUGUGGUCAAACAAAUGAAUCAGAACCUGCACGAGAAGACAAACCAAAUAGAUUUGCUCCAAGCAGAAAUCAUCGAAAACCAAGCAAUUAUCCGAAAGUUAACCACAGGUAAUAAGGAUGCAGGUGAUGGAGACUCAGCAGCACCUGUAAAAGAAACAGAGGCGAUCAGUCCACCUGGUGCAGGCGGUGGAGAACACUGGAAACCAGAACUGGAAGAAAAGAUAUUGGACCUCGAAAAAGAAAAGGAGCAACUUCAAAAGAAGCUACAGGAAGCGUUAACCUCUCGCAAGGUGAUUCUAAAAAAGGCGCAGGAGAAAGAAAGACAUCUUAAGGAAGAGCUAAAGCAACAGAAAGAUGACUAUAAUCGCUUGAGAGAACAGUUCGAUGAGCAAAGCAAGGAAAACGAGAACAUGGGAGACCAGCUAAGGCGACUCCAGUUUCAAGUAAGGGAGUCUAUAGACAGAAAACUCCCAAGCACUGACCAGCAGGAACCGAGCUCUCCCGCUCAAGGUUUAGAAGAAACUUUAUUCAAAGCCACAGAGCAGCAACCUGCUCAACCUGUUUUGGGGUCUGACUUGUGCCCAGACUGGCCUUCUCAUCCUGAAGAUGCAAGUGCUCUGCAGGGCAGUACUUCUGUUGCUCAGAUUAAGACCCAGCUGAAAGAAAUAGAGGCUGAGAAAGAAGAAUUAGAAUUGAAGGUUAGUUCUACAACAAGUGAGCUUACCAAAAAAUCAGAAGAGAUAUUUCAGUUACAAGAGCAGAUAAAUAAACAGGGUUUAGAAAUCCAAAGUCUGAAGGCAGCAUCCCAGGAAGCUGAAGCCCACACAGAGAGCCUGAGGGAGAAACUGGAAAGCAGUCAACUAGAAAUUGCUGGACUAGAACAUUUAAGAAAAUUACAGCCUGAACUAGAUGAACUGCAAAAACUCUUAAGCAAAAAGGAAGAAGAAGUUGGAUACCUUUCUGGACAGCUUAGCGAGAAAGAAAAAGCCCUUACUAAAGUGCAGACAGAGAUAAUAGAACAAGAGGAUUUAAUUAAGGCUUUGCGUACACAGCUGGAAAUGCAAGCCAAAGAACAUGAUGAGAAGAUAAAGCAGUUACAGGUGGAACUUUGUGAAAUGAAGCAAAAACCAGAAGAGACUGGAGAAGAAAGUAAAGCAAAGCAACAAAUACAGAGGAAGCUGCAAGCUGCCCUUAUUUCCCGAAAAGAAGCACUAAAAGAAAACAAAGGUCUCCAAGAGGAGUUGUCUUUGGCCAGAGAUACCAUUGAACAUCUCACUAAGUCUCUGACAGAUGUGGAAAGCCAAGUUUCUGCUCAAAAUAAAGAAAAAGAUACAUUCUUAGGAAAGUUAGCUCUUCUUCAGGAAGAAAGAGACAAACUCAUUGCAGAAAUGGACAGAUCAUUAAUGGAAAAUCAGAGUCUCAAUGGCUCUUGUGAAAGUCUGAAAUUAGCUCUGGAGGGUCUUACUAAAGACAAGGAAAACUUAGUGAAGGAAAUUGAAUCUUUGAAAUGUUCUAAGAUUGCAGAAAGCACUGAGUGGCAAGACAAACACAAAGAGUUACAAAAAGAAUAUGAAAUUCUUCUGCAGUCCUAUGAGAAUGUUAGUAAUGAGGCAGAGAGGAUUCAGCAUGUGGUGGAAGCCGUGAGACAAGAGAAGCAAGAACUAUAUGGCAAGUUAAGGAGUGUAGAAGCAAACAAGAAAGAGACAGAAAAGCAGUUGCAGGAAACUGAACAGGAAAUGGAAGAAAUGAAAGAAAAGAUGAGAAAGUUUGCUAAAUCAAAACAGCAGAAAAUCCUAGAGUUAGAAGAAGAGAACGACCGGCUUAGAGCAGAAGUACCUCCUGCAGGAGGUACAUCUAAAGAUUGUAUGGAAGAAAGAAGUUCCAAUUCCAACAUGAAGGAGGAACUAGAAAGGGUCAAAACAGAGUAUAAAACCCUUUCUAAGGAGUUUGAGGCUUUAAUGGCUGAAAAGGACUCCCUAAGUGAAGAGGUUCAAGGUUUAAAGCAUCAGAUAGAAGGUAAUGUAUCCAAACAAGCUAGCCUAGAGGCCACUGAGAAACACGAUAACCAAAUGAAUGUCCUUGAAGAGGCCACACAGACUGUCCCAGGUGAAGCUGAUGAGCAAGACUCUCCGAGCGUGAGCACAAAGCCUGAAUAUUCAGAAUCCAUUCUAUCAGAGAACAGUGCCAAGCCUGAUAUAACUGAGAAUUUCAGCUCACAUGAUGAAAUUAAUAACUAUCUGCUGCAGAUUGAUCAGCUCAAAGAAAGCAUUGCUGAAUUAGAGGAGGAGAAGCAGAAAGAAAAAGAAUUUGGCCAGACUUUAGAAAAUGAGAGAAAUGCUUUGCUGAAUCAGAUGUCAGCAAAAGAUAGUGAACUAAAAAUGCUUCAGGAAGAAGUAACCAAAAUUAACCUUUUAAAUCAGCAAAUCCAAGAAGAACUUGCCCGAGUUACCAAGCUAAAGGAGACAGCAGAAGAAGAGAAAGAUGAUUUGGAAGAGAGGCUUAUGAAUCAAUUAGCAGAACUUAAUGGAAGCAUUGGGAAUUAUUAUCAGGAUGUUACAGAUGCCCAAAUGAAAAAUGAGCUGCUGGAGUCUGAAAUGCAGAACCUUAAAAAGUGUGUGAGUGAAUUGGAAGAAGAAAAGCAGCAGUUAGUCAAGGAGAAAACUAAGGUGGAAUCAGAAAUACGAAAGGAAUAUAUGGAGAAAAUACAAGGUGCUCAGAAAGGACCUGGCAAUAAGAGCCAUGCAAAGGAACUUCAGGAGCUGUUAAAAGAAAAACAACAGGAAGUAAAGCAGCUGCAGAAGGACUGCAUCAGGUACCAAGAGAAAAUUAGUGCCCUGGAGAGAACUGUUAAGGCCCUAGAAUUUGUUCAGACUGAGUCCCAAAAAGAUUUGGAAAUAACCAAAGAAAAUUUGGCUCAAGCCACUGAAAACCGCCAGAAGGCAGAAACAGAAUUAGCUAGCUUCAAAGUACUGCUAGAUGACACUCAAAGUGAAGCAGCAAGGGUUCUAGCAGACAAUCUCAAGUUGAAGAAGGAACUUCAGUCAAAUAAAGAAUCAGUUAAAAGCCAAAUGAAACAAAAGGAUGAAGAUCUUGAGCGUAGACUGGAGCAGGUAGAAGAGAAACACCUGAAAGAGAAGAAGAAUAUGCAAGAGAAGCUGGAUGCUUUGCGUAGAGAAAAAGUCCACUUAGAAGAGACAUUUGGAGAGAUUCAGAUGACUUUGAACAAGAAAGACAAAGAAGUUAAGCAACUUCAGGAGAACUUGGAUAGUACUGUGGCCCAGCUUGCAGCUUUCACUAAGAGCAUGUCUUCCCUCCAGGAUGAUCGGGACAGGGUGAUAGAUGAAGCCAAGAAAUGGGAGAGGAAGUUCAGUGAUGCUAUUCAAACCAAAGAAGAAGAAAUUAGACUCAAAGAGGAGAAUUGCAGUGUUCUAAAGGAUCAACUUAAGCAGAUGUCCAUCCAUAUGGAGGAAUUGAAGAUCAACAUUUCUAGGCUUGAACAUGACAAGCAGAUUUGGGAGUCCAAGGCCCAGACAGAGGUCCAGCUUCAGCAGAAGAUCUGUGAUACUCUCCAGGGGGAAAACAAAGAACUUUUGUCCCAGCUAGAAGAGACUCGACAUCUGUACCACAAUUCUCAGAAUGAAUUGGCUAAGUUGGAAUCAGAAUUGAAGAUUCUCAGAGACCAGUCAAUUGAUUUGAAUAACUCUUUAGAAAAAUGUAAGGAAAAUAAAGAAAAUUUGGAAGGGAUCAUAAAGCAGCAAGAGGCUGAUAUCCAAAACCAUAAGUUCAGUUAUGAACAGCUAGAGACUGAUCUUCAGGCCUCCAGACAACUGACCAGUAAGCUGCAUGAAGAAAUAAACAUGAAAGAGCAGAAGAUUAUAAGCCUGGUUUCUGCCAAAGAACAGGCAAUCCAAGUAGCUGUUGCUGAACUGCAUCAGCAACAUGAUAAACAAAUUAAAGAAUUGGAAAAUCUGCUGUCCCAGGAGGAAGAGGAGAAUAUCGUCUUAGAAGAGGAGAACAAAAAAGCCGUUGACAAAACCAAUCAGCUUAUGGAAACACUGAAAACCAUCAAAAAGGAAAACAUGCAGCAGAAGGCUCAGUUGAACUCCUUCGUUAAAUCCAUGUCUUCUCUCCAGGAUGACCGUGACCGCAUAGUCGGUGACUACCAACAGCUAGAAGAGCGACAUCUCUCUGUAAUCUUGGAAAAAGACCAACUCAUCCAAGACGCUGCUGCCGAGAAUAAUAAGCUUAAAGAAGAAAUUCGGUGCUUGAGGAGUCAUAUGGAUGAUCUCAAUUCUGAGAAUGCCAAGCUAGAUGCAGAACUGAUCCAAUAUAGAGAAGACCUGAACCAAGUGAUAUCAAGAAAGGACCAUCAGCAAAAGCAACUCCUUGAAGCUCAGCUUCAGCAGAAUAAGGAGCUAAAAAGUGAAUAUGCUAAAUUAGAAGAAAAGCUAAAGGAGUCUGAGGCAGCAAAGGAGGAUCUGCAGAGGUCCUCUAUUGUCCUACAGGAAGAGAAACAAGGUUUAUCUAAAGAGAUUGAGAACUUGGAAGUAUCUAUAUCUCAACUAAGGAAACAAUUGACAGCCUUGCAAGAAGAAAGUACUGUAGGAAUAUUUCAGGCCCAAUUAAAAGUAAAAGAAGAAGAGGUACAGAGGUUAAAUACUACCCUUUCCUCCUCUCAGAAGAGAAUUACAGAACUGGAAGAGGAAUUGGUUUAUGUUCAGAAGGAAGCUGCCAAGAAGGUGGGUGAAAUUGAAGAUAAACUGAAGAAAGAGUUAAAGCAUCUUCAUCACGAUGCAGGGAUAAUGCGAAAUGAAACUGAAACAGCAGAAGAGAGGGUGGCGGAGCUAGCAAGAGAUCUGGUGGAGAUGGAACAGAAGUUACUCAUGGUCACCAAAGAAAAUAAAGAUCUCACAGCACAAAUCCAAUCUUUUGGAAGGUCUAUGAGUUCCCUGCAAAAUAGUAGAGAUCAUGCUAAUGAGGAGCUUGAUGAACUGAAAAGGAAAUAUGAUGCCAGUCUGAAGGAGUUGGCACAGCUGAGAGAAGAACAGGGCCUCUUAAGCAGAGAGAGAGAUGUUCUUGUUUCUAAAGCUGCAUUUCCAGUAAACUCCACUGAGGAUAACAGCUCACCUCACCUUGAGAAACUUAACCAACAGCUUCUAUCCAAAGAUGAGCAACUGCUUCACUUGUCGUCACAACUAGAAGACUCUUACAACCAAGUGCAGUCCUUUUCCAAGGCUAUGGCCAGUCUACAGAAUGAGAGAGAUCACCUGCUGAAUGAACUGGGGAAAUUCCGCAAGUCAGAGGAAGGGAAGCAGAGGUCUGCAGCCCAGCCUGCAACCAGCCCAGCUGAAGUACAGAGUUUAAAAAAAGCUAUGUCAUCACUCCAAAAUGACAGAGACCGACUACUGAAAGAACUGAAGAAUCUGCAACAGCAAUACUUACAGACUAAUCAAGAAAUCACUGAGUUACGUCCACUGAAGGCUCAACUUCAGGAGUAUCAAGAUAAGACAAAAACAUUUCAGAUUAUGCAAGAAGAGCUCAGGCAGGAAAACCUCUCCUGGCAGCAUGAGCUGCAUCAGCUCAGGAUGGAGAAGAGUUCCUGGGAAAUUCAUGAGAGGAGAAUGAAGGAGCAGUACCUUAUGGCUAUCUCAGAUAAAGAUCAGCAGCUCAGUCAUCUGCAGAAUCUUCUGAGGGAAUUGAGAUCUUCUUCCUCCCAGACUGAGACCCUCCAAGUGCAGUACCAAAGACAGGCAUCCCCAGAGACAUCAGCUUCCCUAGAUGGAUCACAAAACCUAGUUUAUGAGACAGAACUUCUUAGGACUCAGCUCAAUGACAGCUUAAAGGAAAUUCACCAAAAGGAAUUAAGAAUUCAGCAACUGAACAGCAAGUUCUCUCAACUACUUGAAGAGAAAAAUACCCUUUCAAUUCAGCUCUGCGACACCAGUCAGAGUCUUCGUGAGAAGCAGCAGCACUACAGCGACCUGUUUAAUCACUGUGCAGUCUUGGAGAAGCAGGUUCAGGAGCUGCAAGUGGGCCCAGUAAAUAUAGAUGUUGCUCCAGGAGCUCCCCAGGAAAAGAAUGGAGCUCACAGGAAGAGUGAGCCUGAAGAACUGAGGGAGCCACAGCUAAGCCUUUCUGAAGCCCAGCAGCAGCUGUGCAACACUAAACAGGAGAUGAACGAAUUGAGGAAGCUGCUGGAAGAAGAAAGAGACCAAAGAGUGGCUGCUGAGACUGCCCUCUCCUUGGCUGAGGAGCAGAUCAGGCGGUUGGAGCUCGGUGAAUGGGACUCUGCCCGGUCUCCUAUCAUUGGCUCCUGUGGCACUCAGGAGCAGGCACUGUUAAUAGAUCUUACAGGCAACAGUUGUCGAAGGACCCGGAGUGGUGCUGGAUGGAAGCGCGUCCUGCGUUCUCUCUGUCAUUCCCGGACCCGAGUGCCGCUGCUAGCAGCCAUCUACUUUCUGAUGGUUCAUGUCCUACUCAUUCUGUGUUUCACAGGCCGUCUAUAAACUUAGUUCUCACCUUUCGGAUCACUCCCCUCAGAACAUGGAAUUCCCUCACCUCUAACAUCAAAACCAUCAAUUCCAUUGGAACAGUCUUCCCACUUACAGGUCCUCUCUCCAACUCUCCACAGAAAGUGCCUGCAAAAAGAGGUGGAUGUGAGCACAGGUUAGAGCUGUAGGGCCCAGCGAGUCUGCUCUCUUCUACUGCACGAGCCUGAACACUCUGCAUCAUCUGAGGAGCCCCCAUACUUGGUUCUUGAGCCCAAUAUUUGUUCAGAUUUUACAGGGCCCUGAUCUUUUGUGGUCCUGGGAAAGAUGCUGAGGAAUGUCUUUCAGCCAGGAGGAUGGUUCCAAUAAACCUAAUAAUCUGAAGUCCAGUAUCAUUUUGAUUGAUACUUCUUUUCUUUGUUUUCCUUAUAUUUUCUCCUGCUUCAGGGGGAAGGUGGACCUGCCACAAACAAAGUUCUGGGGAACACUGUCUCCUAGGAUAUCUGAUUAGGUCUCCUGCAAGAUAGGAUGGGAGCUGAAGAACUCCCCAGAGGUUUCAGCUGUUGGAUCCUGGGGGAGGAUAGCAUCUCCUUCCCUGGCUAUUCAGACAUAAUUGGAGUGAGAUUUCAUCCUGGACUGUAAGGAUAGGAGCCCAUUGCUUAUGCCCUUGAUCACAUGUAAACAAAGGUAGUAAGUGGCUUAUGCCUUUCAUUUCACUGAAAGGUAGGAAGAACUGGCUAUGGACAGCACAGCGGGAUUCAGAUUCUUCUCAUUCCUGUGUUACCUGGAUAUGCCUCACUUGUGGGCCCUAAGACAGUACACUAGGAGCCAGUCCUAGGUGAGGCAUUGACUCCCAGUCAGGAAGAUCUGACUGGUCUAACGACCACUCCUAGUCUCUUGAAGUAUGAAGCUACUUUACUGUUGGUGACAGUUAUUCCAGUUUCUCAGUCCCAAAGUCAUCUGCCCUCUGUGGUAACAGAGAGCUGAAGAAAAUGGAGGGAGAAUAUAAAGACAAAAUAUUUAAAUCUAGGCCUGAGAAUGACAGCCAGAAUCGAAUUC